CUGAGCAUGCGCAGUGACGUCAUUGCCCAACUGCAAAAGCAGCAGGACCUCCAUUUUGAAUUGUCGCACGCAACACGGCGCGCCAUCAUCGUGCUCUACUUCAUUCAUUUUCCAGCGAAGCCUUUAUCCAGACGGGACGAUGGCCGAUCUAGCAACCGACGUCGAAAUUCCUGACGGCGCUGAGGUUCGCAAAUUGUCGGAGCUGAGGGUUAUCGACCUGAAGGCCGAGCUGAAGAAACGCAACCUGGACACCGCUGGCGUGAAGAGCGUGCUGUCUGAGCGCCUGAAAAAGGCUAUCGAGGAGGAAGGUGGAAACCCGGACACUAUUGUGAUUUUGCCGGAGUCUACGCCGAAAAAAGCUACACCGAGACGGGCUGCCAGAGAUGUAAGACAAGACAACGAUGAACUAGAGGACAGCAAUUUAGAGGAGGAAUCCCAGGACGGCAAUGACGAAAAUGAGAACAUGCACGACAUGGAUAUCCUUGACAUGAACGUGCUGGAUGAAGCAGAGAAUACCGGGGGAAUGCCCACUGAAGACGACGACGUGGACGAGCUGGGGUGUUUGCUCCAUGAAGACGAGGGGGAUCAUCUCGGCACUGGUGAUGAUGAAGACGAGGUAACUCUCGACUCUGAUGAUGAGAUGCAUGAGUCGGGGAUGUUGGAUAAAGAUGAAGAUAUGACAUUCUCGUCCCUUUAUACGUCUGCGGAUGCAGGUGAAGACAGCCUGAUAGAAGAAACAGAAAAUGACAAAGUAGCUGGGUCUUGUUUAUCUGAGCCGCUUAUCGAAGACCACCACCAGAGCCGCGAGACGAGCGCCGAAGAACAGGCCGCCGCCACCACCACCACCGCCGAUGCCACCGCUACCACCGCCGCAGACGGGGAAGACAAAGUAUCCACCAACAUGGGAGCCAAAACCGACCUUGCUGCCUCCGGGGACGCGGAAAUCGACAAGGGCGCUCUUGAGACCGACGCCAGCGAGGCCGGGGACACGGAGAAGGUCCCAGAAGAGACAUUGGACAGUGAAAAGGGCUCACAAGUUGUUAGUGUAAGCGGACAGGACGCUGGGGGUGAAACUGUUUGUUCAGAAUUGGGGUCUAAGAAGGGGGAUGAGGAAGAGAAGAAAGAAGACAAGGCCGCUGCGGAUUCAUCCUCGACAGUGAAAGAGUCAUCCUCUGUAGAGGGCGAUGAUCAGAACAAGAGUUCUGAAGGCACGGAAAGCAAGGAUGAGUCAAAGGACGAUAAGGCCGUUGGGAGCAGGAAUCUGUGGGUCAGCGGUCUCUCGUCCACAACCAGGGCGACUGAUCUGAAGACGCUAUUCAGCAAAUAUGGAAAGGUUGUUGGCGCCAAGGUUGUGACCAAUGCUAAGAGUCCCGGGGCGCGCUGCUACGGUUUUGUCACAAUGUCCUCCACAGACGAGGCCGCCAAGUGUGUCAGCCAUCUUCACCGGACCGAGCUGCACGGCAAGAUGAUCUCCGUGGAGCGGGCUAAAAAUGAGCCGAUGGGCAAGAAGCCAGCAAACAGUGAUGGCAAAAAGCCGGGCAGCGAUCGGAGACAUUCUUCUGACACCAAGUCUGAUGGAAAGGAUGAGAAAGAAGGAAAAGAUGGCAAAGGAGACGAGAGGACCGUCGUCAUGGACAAGUCUAAGGGGGAGCCUGUCAUUAGCGUCAAGGCCAAAAGCAAAGACCGAAGCUCAAAAAGUCAGGACCGCAAGUCCGUCAGUAGAGAUAGGAAGGAAAUCUUGUCCUUCGACCAGAUCAAGGAGCAGCGCGAGCGAGAGAGGCAGAGGCAGCGCGAGCGGGAGAUGCGAGAGGCGGAGCGACGCAGACUCACUCGCGACAGCCGCCCAGACCGCGAGCGCGAGCGAAUCCGCAUGUUCCGUGAAAAAGAGGAGCGAAAGCACUUGAUGAAGAAGAGGCUGGAUACAGAGGAGCAGCGUCUGGAGGCAGCCCGCAUGGAGCGCCAGUUCCUGGAACGGGAAAAUAUGCGCAUCCAGUAUGAGAGGCGGCGAGAGCAGGAGAGGAUCCUCAGGGAGCGCGAGGAGCUCCGAAGGCAGCAGGAGCAGCUGCGCUACGAGCAGGACCGACGGCCCAUGAAGAGGCCCUUGGACAUGGACGGCAGGAAAGACGACUGGCUGGACAAGCGCAUGAACAUGGACGAAAGAUACGGCCGCUCCGACUUUGGCCGACCGGAUCGUUAUCAGGACUUUGACCACAGGGACAGAGGGCGUUUCCAGGACGACAUGAGGGAUGGUGGUGCGCAUUUCUCCGAGCGACACGGAGGUUAUGACAAGCGCAUGAACUCCAGGGAUGGAGGUCGUGAGUGGGACUCAGGUCCGGGUCACAUGGCACGUGGAGGAAUGGCCGGUCGGGGGGGCUACAUGACCUCGUCCCAGUCUCUCUCGGGGGCGCUCAAUCGCCAGAACCAGAUGAUGCACGGCGGCGGCAUGCAGGGCGGCGCGUUCAACCGCCGUUUCUAAUCUUUUGUCCGUAAGCAAGUUUGACUUCGAAAAGGAGGUUUGAAAUAUUUGGAGGUUUUUUGUCUUCUUUGUUUCGCUUUCCCUUUCCGUGCACCACAGCGGUCGCCGACCUUCACGUCUUUGUCUCCAUGGAAACGUUUUCUAGACACAUCCUCGUUAUGUACUCCUCCUAUUGUUUUUUUUUUAAGAAAACCGCUUGUUGUUCCACUUUGCUUCCUGAAAGAUUACUAGUAAACUUGUUUGUUCCUGAUUAAUAGUGUGACUGGUAAUAAAUGAAAGAAGUUUUUAACACAG